AGGAAAUAACUUUAGACGAAUCAAAGAGAAUAGGUAAAGUGUGUAGACCUAUUCCUUAAUGUAGUACAGAGACUUGUAGAAUAGACUGCACAGCUGGUGUUUAGUUUUACGUGCUCUGUUGGGUUGGAAGCUGAUCGACAGGUCUGACGACAACAACGACGAAAUAGGAGGCUACCCGGAAAGAGCCGUGGCGUGCGUGUAUUUGACGACGGAACGAGUGAGAUGGGAGAUUCACUGAAUGAGAAGUUGUAAAGGAUAUUCAACGUCAAACACACAUAUAUUUUGCGCUAAAAGUUGAUGAGAUAUGUCGGCGUCUGCUAUAUUUAUCCUGGACCUUAAAGGCAAGGUGUUGAUCAGUCGCAACUACAUGGGCAACAUGGACAUGAAUGAGAUUGACCACUUCAUGCCCAUCAUGCUGAGGAUGGAGGAGGAUGCAGACACGUCACCCCUGGUUACACACGGUUCCUCCCACUUCCUGUGGAUAAAACACAGAAACCUCUAUUUGGUGGCAAUGACCAAGAAGAACGCCAAUGCUGCGCUAGUGUAUUCCUUCCUCUACAAGAUAGUGGAGGUGUUCAAGGAGUACUUUAAGGAGCUGGAGGAAGAGAGUAUCCGUGACAACUUUGUGACCGUGUAUGAGCUGAUGGAUGAAGUCAUGGACUUUGGCUUCCCUCAGACCACAGACAGCAAGAUCUUACAAGAAUACAUCACCCAGCAGGGUCACAAACUGGAAGUGGGAGCCCCUCGCCCCCCCGCCACCGUGACUAACGCUGUGUCCUGGAGGUCGGAGGGCAUUAAGUACAGGAAGAACGAGGUGUUCAUGGACGUCAUCGAGUCCGUCAACCUGCUGGUGAGUGCCACUGGCAGUGUCCUUCGCAGUGAGAUUGUGGGCAGCAUCAAGCUCAAGGUGGUUCUGUCUGGAAUGCCAGAGCUCAGACUGGGCCUCAAUGACAAGGUCCUCUUCGAGAUCACAGGGAGAGAGAAGAGUAAGACUGUGGAGCUGGAGGACGUCAAGUUCCACCAGUGUGUCCGUCUGUCUCGCUUUGAAAAUGACCGCACCAUCUCCUUCAUUCCCCCGGACGGAGAGAGCGAGCUUAUGUCCUACCGCCUUAACACAACGGUAAAGCCUCUUAUAUGGAUAGAGAGUGUGAUUGAGAAGUUCUCCCACAGCCGAGUGGAGAUCAAGGUUAAGGCCAAGAGUCAGUUUAAGAGCCGCUCCACUGCGAACAACGUUGCCAUUAUGGUACCCGUGCCCAGCGACGCUGACUCGCCCAAAUUCAAGACGAGCACUGGCAGCUGCAAGUAUCUUCCUGAGAAGGGCGUUGUCCAGUGGAACAUCAAAUCAUUCCCUGGAGGGAAGGAGUACAUGAUGAGAGCUCACUUCGGGCUGCCGAGUGUGGAAAGUGAGGAGCUGGAGGGGAAGAGGCCCAUCACUGUUGACUUUGAGAUCCCUUACUUCACUGUAUCUGGUAUCCAGGUACGCUAUCUCAAGAUCAUCGAGAAGAGCGGCUAUCAGGCUUUACCAUGGGUGCGGUACAUAACGCAGAGUGGAGAUUAUCAACUCCGGACAAACUAAGGGCAAGCCUGCUGCCAGAAUGGAUCUAGGCUCUCUGGGAGUGAGAGACAGCAGAGGAUAAGGGAAGGCCAUUUUAAGUGCUCUCCCGAAAGAUCUGUUGUCCUAAAAAAUGACCGAUGUCACCUUUAACAUUUGCUUUUUUUUUUACAGCAUCUGGUGAAAUAUGUUUUAGCACUAAAUAGAAUAAUGAAUGCGGGGGGUCUCUAUGGGUCUGGUGGGAACGUUUAUUGUCAAGGUGUAGUGCAUUUUAUUUACCAGAAGAAUCUGCAGUGUAAGAAAGUCUGCGAAUUGAAACGCGCGGCUUUUAGACGGCGUUGAAGUAGAAACGGAUCGGGGAUAACGUCUGUAAGAGCGUUCAGUCCCCAUAAAAGAACGCCAGGUUGUUAAGAUCAAUGACUGCUGAGUUACCAACAAACAAUAUUGUCACCGCCAUCGUUGUGUUUGCACUCGGCUAACAACGACGGAGCAGUUCAUCUGGUGCCAGAGAUAACGACUUGAGUAAAAGACAUGAAAGAGAAAAAAGCUUGAAAAAUACAGGUGAAACAGUAUGAACAAAAACAAUGUGAGUGCUUUGGACCCUAUACAUGAUGGACAUUUGCUGUAUGCCAACAUGUGGAAAUGUUACUGUGUUAUUUAUAUCCCCCCCCCCCCC